AAUCAGACUAAAACACUCCUGCUGCUGCUGAACUUGCCCUCACUUCCCUCUCCCGUCCAGCUUUUCGCGCUUCUAGCUUGCCGUACCGGUGACGUCAUUUCCAUCAUACACCGGAAGUGUGAGUUGGCUGACGGGGAUAGCAAGAUGUCUGCCAUAUUUAAUUUCCAGAGUCUGUUGACGGUCAUCUUACUGCUCAUCUGCACAUGCGCGUACAUACGGUCCCUCACUCCCAGCCUGCUGGACAAGAACAAAACAGGAUUCCUGGGAAUAUUCUGGAAGUGUGCAAGAAUAGGCGAGCGCAAGAGCCCAUACGUGGCGUUUUGCUGCAUCGUCAUGGCCUUCACCAUCUUAUUUUCGGAGUAACAAUAGGGGAUUUGAAUCAGACGAUUUCCAAAAACAGCUUCAAGACUCUCCAGCAGGGAACAAGAUGUGUAUUUAGCUGACCUUCAAAAGAGUUAAUGCAUGUGAAGAGCCUCACGGAGUUGUUUGUACAUACAGAUUUUCAGUUUUGGGUCUCCACGAUGAAGCUUCAGUUGUCUUUGACUCAUGAACUCAAUGCUGUUGUUGGAGCUGAAAUGUUUAAUGCGGGACAUCGAGGACGAAUCUGGAUAUCAUGCUAUCAUUGUUCACUCUUUUACAUGCGCCGAUGUUUGCAUUAAAGAUGAAUUUAUUACUGAAA